AUGAGUAGGGACCGAACAGACGCUUUUCAGGAUCACUACAACAACGGCUAUGGACCAGUCAAUAAUCCAGGUGUGUACGCACCACAAGGAGGAUACAAUCAGCAAGGAGGAUACAAUCAACAAGGAGGAUACAAUCAACAAGGAGGAUACAAUCAACAAGGAGGAUACAAUCAAUAUAGUUCACCACCACAAUCGCAUGGUAGUGGAAGGGUUAAUCAAGGAUUUCCGCAACAAGAUGUUGAGCUGACACCGGUCUCAACUGUAAAUUCAUUUUUCGAUGAGGUCUCCUCAAUUCAAGAAGCGAUUCGUCAAAUGCAAGCAAAUAUUAAUGCAAUCGAGGAAUUACACGGGAGAUCUCUGGCUACGAUAAAUGAAGACGCCUCGAUUAAAGAUCAACUCGAUUCGCUAACAGCACAAACACGAAACCUUGGGCAACAAGUGAAAAAUAAAAUUAGAAAUAUAGAGGCAAUGAACGCCAAGUUACCCUCGAAUACUGGUGAUAUUGACGUACGGAAAGCGCAGGUCGCCAAUUUACGCAAAAAAUUCUUAGACACAUUACAAACUUAUCAACAAACGGAAUAUCAAAAUCGUCAAAAAUAUAGACAACGAAUGGAACGACAAUAUAAAAUUGCUUUAGAUAACGAUGAAGGCGGUCAAAUAUUUGCACAAUCGUUAAUGCAAUCGACUCGUUAUGGUGCUGCACGUGAAGCUCUUCGAGAAGUGCAAGAACGUCAUGAUGAAAUAAAAAAGAUUGAAAAAACUAUCGAAGAACUUGCAAACCUUUUCCAAGAGAUGCAAAUUAUGGUCGAAAUUCAAGAUCAACAGGUUGAGCAAAUUGAAGCGCAUGCAACCCAAAUUACCACUGAUAUGGAACAAGGGGUCACUCACGUAGAUACAGCGUUGACUCACGCAAGAUCUGCACGAAGAGUAUUCUAUGCGGUAAAUGUCUACGAAACAGUGUAA